CCUUCUCCAUUUUCAAAAUAGGCAUGUGAGACACUCCCGUUAGUUUGGAUGGAAAAUGUUACUGUAGCAUUUUAGUCCAAAAUCAUAUGGGAGGCAUGUGGCUAUUUUUAAAAGACAAGGGGGCAAGUGCUAUUGGGUCAUACCACAAGCGGAGUGAUCCUAUGGCGGUUGUUUACACAAAAGGAAGAGAUGGUGCGCUUCAAGAGCUUGGCCGUACCGAAGUAGUGUUAAAUUCAUUGAAUCCCAAGUGGAUCAGAAAGCAUACCGUUACAUAUUAUUUUGAGGUGGUGCAGACUUUGGUGUUUCGUGUGUAUGAUGUUGACACUCAGUUUGACAAUGUAGAUGUAAAGGUAUAAUUAUGAUGGUAUCUUCUCAAAAUUUUUACAUGGAGAUUUGAACAUUUAAUUUAUUUCUAGCUUGACUUGAGUGUAUAUAAUUCUAUAAACA